AUGCCUAGUAAAAGAGUCCCGACAUCAGUUUCAAAUCUCCGGGAAUUAAAGAAGAGAAAGACUGUUCAUGAGCCGCUUGCUAACGAAGGAGCUAACUUUAUUGCGAUAAAAAAGGUAAAGACAGAGCAUGAAGAAACAAGUUGCGAAACCGAUGAAGCUGCCACCGAAGUUGAUGCAAGUAUAGACACUGCACGCAUCAAGGUUGAGGUUGAAGUUGAACGUGAGCUGCCGCCUAAUAUUUUUCCUAAAGUCGAUCCAGAGGAUGCUCUCAAGGGUCCUGCAAAGUGGGCCAACAUUUAUAAUGAGAUUGUGGAAAUGAGAGCCAAAUUUUGGGCCCCAGUUGAUAGUCAAGGAUGCGAGAGCAUGCCAAACACAAUAACUCCUGGGCUAAAGUUCCACGAUUCAAAGAAGUACCGAUUUCAAUUACUCAUUUCCCUAAUGUUGAGUUCGCAAACAAAGGAUGAGGUGAAUUACGAAGCAAUGGUCAAACUAAAUGAUGGACUUGGAGAGAAGCACGAUCAAGGUUUUUGUCUCGAUGCUAUGUCACAAUUGACAGAAGCUGAGAUUGAUUCCUACAUCUGUAAAGUCGGAUUUCAUAACCGAAAAGCCCAGUACAUUGCAAAGACGUGCCAGGUAUUGAAAUCUGAGUUUGAAGGAGAUAUACCGAAAACUAUCGAGGAUAUUGUUAGACUACCUGGGGUGGGUCCGAAGAUGGGCCACCUUUUACUCCAAGCCGGUUGGGGCAUUAAUAGUGGAAUAGGGGUGGAUGUGCAUUUGCAUCGGCUAGCAUUGUUAUGGCAUUGGGUCUCGGCAAAAGCAACGACCCCAGAAAAGUGUCGCAUCGAGCUAGAAAGCUGGCUACCCAAAAAGUACUGGAGCGACAUCAACCCUUUGAUCGUUGGAUUUGGUCAGGUAAUAUGUGUGCCAAGAGCCAGCAAUUGUGACGUUUGUGCACUCGGCCGAAAGGGCCUUUGCUCAGCUGCUAAUAAGAAGUUGUUAAAGGGACCGAUCAGCGAGGAGCGAAAGACCAAGUUGAUGAAACAAAGAGCGGAUUUGACAAAUCUAAUCAAUGAAUAUUUAUAA